AUGGAAAGGUCAAUCUCUCUGCCUUCUACAUGGCUGCGUUUUGGCUCCAUCACAAUCACCCCAAGACACUAUUGUGCAACCUGGCGUCUAUUGUCCGGUCCUUCCGGGCUUUUUCCACCUCAAUGGACAUUGUGUACCACAUCCUUCGAGAAGGCCAAGACAUUUACUCCCCGUCGGGGCUACAACCGUUAUCAAUUGUUGCACAAGGCUGUUAAGCGGUACAAGCAUGACCGCGAUUAUCAAUUGUUGCACGACCAGGUUUCGGAUCUUUUGGCCGAGAUAUUCAAGUCUGAUAUGGAGAAAUUGAAAUUCAAGGAGACGGAGGAGGAGCAAAACAAAAACAACAAAUUGAAGCAAUUAUCUGAAUCUGAUAAUGACGACAGAAUAACCUUGGCCGCAUGCGAUAUGCAUUAUGCCUUGUCAACAUUCUCGGACUUGAACCCCGACUACAACAUCACUUUGCUGCUUGAAAGCAUUGCCAGGAAGUUUUUCCCGCCAGAAGAAUAUCACAAAUUAGAAUUAGAUGGAGAUCAUGGUAAAGGAAAACGGAACAAGGCCAAAUAUGCCGACAGGGUCAUGGUCAAGCGGCUCAAGGAUGAGGUUUUGCCCUCCUUAAAGAAGGCAUACUCGUCGUCGUUGGCGGAUGCUCUGCUUCCGCAUGAGAUCACAGGCUACGUGCACCAUUGGAAUAUCGGCCGAGCUGCUGAGCUCCAGUGGAAGUCAAUGGUGGAGGACGUCUACUCAAAGCAGGGCAAGUUCAAAAACUGGUUGUUGAGACCUAUUUGGAGAAGGUGA